UCCAGCUUAGCACUUUCACUUUGAGCGGAGCCUCUGUCUGAGUGAGGAUACACAGAGUGGCCAGAGGGAGAGAUAGAGAAGAGGAGGCCAGUGUCUCUCUCCCGCUUUAUCCAUUAACCAGUUUCGAGAGAGAGAGAGGAGUGACUCAAAUUAGGCUGUUCAGGAAGAUUCUAGGUCAGUGGGCAGGGGGUGGAAGAGGAAGAGAUAUAGUGAAAAGACUAAACAAAAAAUAAUCAAAAGCUUUGAUAGGAAAAGGCUGCAGCCACUCAGGCUUAAGUGGGAAAAUCCAAAGUGAGAGAGCAAGAUGGUGUGAGUGGAUUAAUGAGGCAUUUUUUUGGGAAGUACCAAAGAAACUCAAGAGGAAGGAAUGUAAAAAGGAUGUCAACAAGAAGACUGAACAUCAAGCUGUGAAGGAGAAGACAGAGCUGCGUACUCUGUGUCAAAGACCUCAAGAAAAACCACAGAGGAGGAAACUUUGCCUUUCACAGUCUGACACAGAAACCCCUGUCUGUGUGUGUGUGAUUGCUGUCACCAAGAGAAAUGGAGAAGUGUCCAUUCUUAAAAAGAUAAAAAGGAUGUCACUGCCAGUUUUGCUGUUGCUAUCACUCUUGACUGUCCAAUGUGGUGGAUGUGACUUUGACUUGGAGGGUGUGAAAAAUAUUAAAAGAACUAUCGACUCUAACCCUACUGGAUUUCGGACAGUAUUUCCUAAAGAUUACUAUGUAGAGCACCGCUACACAAGAAGCAUGCUCUGUGACACUGAUCCGUGCUGUGUGUUCCCUGCUGCAGUAGUCCUCCUGGACUCCUGGCACGUGCUUCUCAGAAAUCUCUGGGAUGAGCACUUAAAUCAUUCUUUAAUCAUUGAUCUAAAACAGACACUGGAUAGAAUCAUAAGAAAGAACAAAAACACAGAGAGGUUCCAGGAGGAGACAGACCUGGCUCAAUACACAGCACUAUCUUCCUCUCCAGAAGAACUCCUCAAGCUAACAUCAGAGCUUUUUACUCGGUGGCUCGAGAUCGGAUGCUUACCUUCAAUUGAAACAUGCACCCUCCCCACUUUGCCCCCCUCUGUUGAGAGAAAGGACUACGGUCCAUCGAGGGCCAGACUCUUGACAACCCGAGCUAUCAGCAAUGUGGAGGAAGGACAGCCUGACAUGAUGAUAGACAUUACACAACCUCCGUGCAGCUGCAGUCCACCGUCCCUUUCAUAUUCUGCUUUUGUCUGGAGCCCCCUGCUAUUCAGACUCUACUGGUGGUUGCUGCCGUAGUCGCUAAAAAUGGAUCUUUUUCGAUGAUGCACACAAAAUGCAAGACAUUUUCCUGGCACUGAAUGAUUGUUUCUGAUGUUUGUGUCUUUGUGUUGUUAUGCAGUAAGCUUUCUUAAUAUGAAGUGAUAUGCACAGGUUGCAUUUAAUGUCCAAAGUUAGUUCAAAUAGCUAUGUUCACUGUCCGACAGUGCUGUGUAACAACUGAUAUCACAGAUAUAAACAUAUAGCCUUCCUCUGUAGAGCAAGCCACAAGCUCCAGCUAGUUAUGCUCUUCAUGCUAACCAGAGAUGCUGAGCAAGCCAAUGCACAUAAGCCAUCGUCUUUUUGAUGUGGAAUUCAUCACUGUUUACAAUGAAUGUUAUGUAAAUGUAAGAUAUGACUGUCGUAGACGUUUACUUUUGUAUAUAAUUGUAAAUUAAAGCCAUUUAGAUAUA